CCCUGUUCCCUUCACAUAUUCCCUCCUGAGGACAAACGCUCCUGUUCGGUCCAUUGAAACUCAACUUUUGGGGAAGAUAAGACGGCUAAAAAAUGGAAAACGAACUCGACGGGAGCGAGAGCGCCGUCCUGCCGGAGGUCAGACUCAUCCUGAUUGGCGAGCGCUGGGCCGGCAAGAGCGUCUCCGGCAACACCAUCCUGGGAAAGGAACGGUUCGAGUGCGGCCGAACCAGAACCACUCAGACCGAGGUGAGGCACGCGAAGGCGCAGGGCCGGCGGCUCCUCGUGGUCGACGCUCCGGGGUGGAGCCGCUCCCUCUCCCUCACCGAGAUCCCGGAGGGGGACAAGCGGCGGUUUAAACUCAAUGCUUCCCGGUGUCCGCCCGGCCCGCACGCCUUCCUCCUCGUCGUCCCCGUGGACUCAGCCUUCUCCGUGAAGAACAGGAGGACCGUGGAGGAGCACAUGAAGCUCCUCGGGGAGCGGGUUUGGCGGCACACCGUGGUGCUCUUCACCUGCGGGGAUUUCCUGGGCGAGAAGACGAUCGAGCAGCACAUCGAGAGCGAGGGAGAGUCGCUCCGGUGGCUGACGGAGCGAUGCUGGAACCGCUACCACGUGUUCGACAACAAGGACCGGGGAGACGGCGGCCAGGUGAGGCGGCUGCUGCAGAUGGUGGACGAGGUGGCGCGGCACAACGGCGGCAGGUGCUACCAGGUGGACGAGCAGACGCUGAGCGCCAUUGAAGAGAAGCAGCGAGAGGUGGCCAAGAGGGCGGAAGUGAGGAAGAGGAGGUCCGAAGAACAGAGAUCACAAAUGAGGACACUCGUUCCAGAAGAGAUGAAAACCCUCCCGGAGCUCCGCGUGGUUCUCUUGGGAAGCCGAAGCGUUGGGAAAACCUCUCUGGGGAACUCCGUCCUUGGAUUCAAAGAGCACGAAGACGGGAAGAGAACGGCACGCUCGGCGGCCCGGCGGGGUUUCGUGGGCACAACGGAGAUAACCGUCGUGGACACGCCGGGUUGGUGGAAAGGCUUCUCCGUGCUGGACACUCCUGAGGCGACCAGGGAGGAAGUGAUGCGCAGCCCGUUCCUUUGCCUCCCCGGGCCGCACGUCUUCCUGCUGGCGAUCGACGCAGACGCGUCGUUUAAUGCCAAACAUUUGGACGCGGUGACGUCGCACGUGGAGCUUCUCGGCGAAGGAGUGUGGCAACGCACGGUUGUGGUUUUCACCAGGGGCGACUGGCUGGGAAGUCACACCGCGGAGGAGUACAUCGAAGGGGAAGGGGAGGCGCUGAGGUCUCUGGUCGACCGGUGCGGAAACAGAUACCACGUCAUCGACAACAAGAGCGCCGACGAUGGGACUCAGAUCACGGAGCUGCUGGAGAAGAUUGCCGAGACCGUGGCCGGAGACGGUCAGGACUACUUUGUUCCUGACGACAAGGUAUUUCUGACGAUGGAGGUGAGAAGAUCGAGCGUGGUGGAAGCGGCACACGUGAGGAAGAGUCAAGUCGUGGCCAAAAGAAAAAUCCUCAGAGAUGACAGUCAAGAACUACCAGAGCUCACGAUGGUGAUGCUCGGUCAGAAGACGUUUGGGAAGAGCGCAACAGGAAACAACCUCCUGCGUAGAGAAGCUUUCCCCACCUUCGAGAAUGAGUCGUCUAAGAUGGAGACGGGGAUAGUGUCCGGCAGGCUGGUCACGGUCAUCGACACUCCGGGCUGGAGGAAUUAUCCCUCCUACUGCUCCAAAGAGAGAGACCGGGAAAUAGUCCGCGGCCUGUCGCUGAGCCCCUCGGGGGUCCACGCCGUGCUGCUGGUGGUUCCCUUGGACCUGAGCUUCGGAGAGGCCCAGCGGGCCGCCCUGGAGGAACGCUUGAACCUCUUUGAUGCCGCCAUCUGGAAACACGCCGUGGUUUUGUUCACGUAUGGAGACAACCUGGCGGAAGAGACCGUGGAGGAGCACAUCGAGAGGGAGCACAGCGCCCUGCGAUGGCUGAUCGACAAGUGCGAGAACAAAUACCACGUUAUGAACAACACCAAGAAAAUGGACCCGGGUCAGGUGAUUGAGCUGUUCGAGAAGAUCGAGGAAAUAGUGGCGGGCAACGACGGCAGGCUUUUCCGCCCCGAGAUGGACGACGUCUACCUGAGAAUCGAGGAGAACUUUGGGAAGAGGCAGUUGAAGCUGGUGCUGAAGCAGCGCCUGGGGGAGGAGUACAAGAGGAGGGAGCUGGAGAUGAUGGCGGGCUUCAGGGAGACACUCCUCCAACUGCAGGCGGAUGUCAAGGGGAGAAAGACGAGCACGAGAUCCAUGCCACUGACCAAGGGUAUUGCCUUUAGGAAGAAGGAUGAAAAGGAGAAGGAGAAGGAGGACAUCUUAUCCUUGAAAAUCAAAAAGGAAAUUGAAAAGCUGGAUAAAGACAUCGAAGUUAAAUCCUCGACUCUCCUGCAGAGCAGCAUGGACAUCAUCCUCCCAGACAUGAAAGCAGAGCGUCCAGGUUCCUCUGUCGCCGGCUCUCUGCCUCGAGGAGAGGAACCAAAGAGACCCUACGACGACGUCCUCGGUUGGCUUUCCACGCUUCAGAUCGGAAAAAACGUUGACAACCAGAUGACCCUGAACUUCUCUCAGACGUCCGGCUACAGAUCGUUGAUGUCGUACGACGACCUGGACUCCGAAGUAGAAGAAUAUUAGCGAUACAGAAUAUACAUCAAGGGAAUCGAGGCCUCCGCUAAACUUAAUGGAAACAAUCAUAUUGUGAAAAAUGUCAUUUUUACCGUUUUUCUCGCUUUUGCCUCAAUUCUUGAACGGGAAUACAUUUUCUUAUCAAAACAAUAUAUUUAAAAUAUUGCUCACAGGAAUACCGGAAAUUCUCAUGAAUCAAAGCAAGUUGCUUAAGUUGCAGAUUCUUGAUCUGAAGCCAUCGCAUACAACAUUAUCCAUUUAAUUAUCCAACUCUGUCAGUUAAACGUCAUUAUGUGCAAUGUGUAUUCCAUAGAUAUCUAUAAAUUAUGAUGUUUUUAUAAUUAACUACUGCAGCCUCCUUCCUUCCUUCCUUUCCCCAUUUCUUCCUUCCUUCCUUCCCCUCUUCCUUCCUUCCUUCCCCCAUUCCUUCCUUCCUUCCUUCCUUAUAUUUAUAUUUCUUGAUUUUUUGAAUAUACUUUUAAAUUUAUGGAACGGAUUAUGUGAGAUGAGGUCGCCUCAUAUCCUGUGAUGUCAUGAUCGUAAUCAUGACAUCACAGGAUAUGACAUCACAUAUCCUGUGAUGUCAUGAUUAUAAUGAUGAAACUGUUGUAAAUUCCAAUAUUCUAAUAAAACAUCACAAUAAUUAAACUGAA